CCGGGCCAAAGGCAUCGCUGAGACGCGCGUCAGUAACCUUAGUGCAGUCCGCCAUGAAGGUCGCCGUGUUGUUCUGUGCCCUCUUGCAUACAGUGAUAAGUGCCCCGGUUCCGGAUGCUGAGAUCUUGACGUACCUUUCCGAGUAUGGGCUCCUUGCGGAGAAUCCUUCGUCACCUCGCAACCUUCAAAGCAAUAUGGAAAGCUACAUCGUUGCCGCCCAGCAAGAAUUGGGUCUGAACGCUACUGGUAUCCUGGACGAGGAAACUGCUGAGCUCAUGCGCCAGCCGCACUGCGGGGUCACUCGCACCUGGCGGUCAGAAAGUCCGCGCCGUCGCCGCUUCGCAUUGGGAAAUUCCCGGUGGCGAAGGGCUCCAGUGACGUACAAAAUUUCCAAUUCGGACCCAACAGGCCAACUGCACGACACUCAGGUUGCAGAUUCCUUUCGCCGAGUAACCACCUUAAUUUCUACCUUCACACUCGCAGCCUUUGCCGUGCACGACCCCAACAGCGCUUUACAUCCAGAGGUGGCAGAUAUUGUAAUCAGUUUCGUGCCAGAUGCCCAUGACUGCGUGUCGCAUUUCAAUGGCUCAGUUCUAGCCCACGCCACGUACCCUUGGGCGGGCGGAGACAUUCACAUCCGCCAAAACCGCAAUUGGACAGCGUUCAUCUUCGAUGCCGUGGUGUGGCAUGAAUUCCUCCAUGCUCUGGGUGUUGACCAUUCCGAGUUCAAAAACGCUUUGAUGUACAAAACAUACCAUGCUCCGGAACAAGCCGGAAUUUUUUUCACUCCAGACGACAUGGAAGCCGUCCAAGCCUUGUACGGACGCAAGAAAAUUGAUGCCGACGGGUGAAAAUGAGGAAAAGAAAGCUUUCGCGAGUGGCCUGCACGCUUCGAAAUUACGAUUUCGCCGAAGAAAACGUCGAAGCUGGCCAUCUCAAGUUUAUUGGGGCUAUCUCAGAUUUACGCUUUCAAUAAAUCAGUAAUGCCUUUUU